ACAGGGACACGAACAAGAACACUUCGAUCGGCAGGGUAAGAGGACCUUCUAAAUAUGACAGCCUCUGUUUUUGGUGCCGCUUACACGGCCGCAUUUGGACAACAUCGUAAGAAUUUGUUAUUAUUAUGUCUGACUAUUGUGACGGUAUUGAAGACCCAUGCUUUUUUGCCAGUGCGGACUUUGGGUCACGCCAACCGGGGCAGUUUACCUUCAACCGCGCAAGUGAGACAUCUUGUCGCCCCUUUGCAAGCGGCCCCUGCCCCCUCAGAGGAGCCGCCAUUUUGGUCUCUGGUAUUCAGUGAUCUAUUCCUUUUGUUCGAUCGCACGCUCGACACCGUAGAGGACAUCGGUGUCCACUUGCGCCGGGCAACGGAAAGAGACAUGGACCGGCGCUUUCGCCGAGAUCGCCUGACCACGAAGGCUGGCACCAAGAAGCGGGUGAUGAUCUUGGGCACUGGAUGGGGGGGGCAUGCUGUGACCAAGGUGGUGGAUACGGGGUUGUACGAGGUGGUGAUCGUCUCGCCGCGAAACUUCUUCUUGUUCACUCCCAUGCUCGCCGGCAGCUCGGUCGGUACUGUCGAUUAUCGGUCUAUCAUCGAGCCCAUUCGAGCAGCCAACCCUCUUGCAGACUACUACGAAGCACAAGCCCUGGCCAUAUAUCCCAACAAUCAAACGGUGCGCAUCCGCUCUGAAAUUCCGAACGAAGUCGGGGAAUACGAGGAAUUUUUGGCGCCUUAUGAUAUCCUGGUGUACGGGUGCGGGGCUCAGAGCGGCACGUUUGGCACUCCGGGCGUGCGGGAGCAUGCUUUCUUCCUGAAAGAAAUCAGCGAUGCGGUCAAACUACGCCAAGCCCUGGUGGAUCGCUUUGAACGAGCCAACAUGCCAAGCGUGUCCAUGGAGGAGAAAAAGCGGAUCUUGAGUUUCGUCGUGGUGGGGGGGGGCCCUACUGGUGUCGAAUUUUCGGGCGAGUUCUCCGAUUUUCUUAACAGAGACUUGGCCAAGUACUAUCCCGCCUUGGUCGACCUUGUGUCCUUCAAAAUUAUUCAAGCCGGUUCCCGCAUCCUCCCUGUCUUCGACGCUGCACUGCAAGAACAAGGGCUAGAGGUGUUGAAGGCGCAGGGUAUCGAGGUCAUGCUGAAUCGCAAGGUCCUGAAAGUCGAGGAGAAGCACAUCGAGCUCGACGGAGGCGAGAUAUUGCCCUACGGUCUCUGUGUGUGGGCUGCGGGUACGGCCCCCCGCGAUAUCACCAAAUCCUUGAUCGCAGCGAUCCCAGAGCAAAGUGCCUCCACGGCAGGCCAACGAGGUCGACUCUCUGUGGACAGGUGGCUGCGCGUGCAAGGUACGAAUGGAAGCAUCUUGGCCCUGGGAGACGCGGUCGAGGUGGAGGGCCUGCCUUUGCCAGCCACGGGACAAGUAGCUGCACAGCACGGUGCGUUUCUCGGCCGCUUGCUCAACCGUGAGUACGACUUGAGCACACCUAACCCGACGUUUGAUCUGGAAAAAGUGAACGCUUUUGGCAAAGUCGCCAACGUGCUCCGUCUUCGCGGGCGCUUGGAGGCGCAGGCCUUCUCCUUCUUGAACCUGGGCUUGUUGGCUUACGUGGGCCAAGCCAAUGCUCUGGCUCAAGUCCAGACGGGGAACCUCAAAUUCGGAGAAUAUACGGCCAGGGCUGGCAACCUCUUGUGGCGCAGUGUUUAUCUUGUCAAGCAGGUUUCGACGCGAAACCGAGUCUUGGUGCUGAACGACUGGCUGAGGACCCGUGUCUUUGGUCGAGACAUUAGUCGCUUCUAGGAAUGCUUGGGGUUGGAGCGAAAACUUGCAGUGGAAUUAUAGAUGGCUUCAAUUGCCCAUUGGGUUUUGUACUUUUGAGGGGAAAUUUUCUGAUUCGAAAAUGUAUUAUUCAUGCGAUACCACAGAA